AUGGCUAGUUCCUUACCCACAACACCGGCUGUGUCGGCAGCUUCGGUACCCGGUUCAGAUGCUUCAUUUGAUCUACUCGCCCUCUUCUUCGGCGCGCUAGACGAUGGAGAUGAAGAAGGAAGACAUCAAAGGUGGUCAUCUUUCAUUGGUAUAAUAGUGGCAAUAUGUGGAAAUAUUCUCAUCUCGUUCGCCCUCAACAUGCAGCGAUAUGCCCAUGUACGCAUCGAACAGGAAGCCGAAGGCGAGCGAGUUCGUCUGAGAUCUCGGAGACGAUUGUCAACGAGCACGUAUGGAUCUGUUGAGGCUCCCUAUAGAGAUGAGCCGGACUACGAGAGUGAUACCCAAGCUGCGCGAACCCGUAAUGGUCGCUAUCGAUCCUACAACGACCAUGAAUCAAGAGAUGGAGAUUCGGAAAAUUUGGGCCACUCUCUUCUUUCCGAUAACACCCUGCGGCCUGACGAUAAGAGCUCAGUACAUGGCGACCGUGUCAGUUAUCUUCAUUCGCCAUAUUGGUGGGCUGGCAUUGUGUUGAUGACGCUGGGCGAAAUGGGCAAUUUCCUUGCUUAUGGAUUCGCACCGGCUUCCAUCGUCUCGCCCCUUGGAGUUGUUGCGCUGAUUUCGAACUGUAUUAUUGCUCCGUUCCUCUUGAAGGAGAAAUUCCGCGCACGCGACUUCUGGGGCGUCCUGAUUGCCAUUGCUGGUGCAGUCGUGGUGGUAUUAAGUGCGGAGACAUCUGAGACCAAGAUCGGUCCUCACGAUAUCUGGGUAAUGAUCACAAAGUGGGAGUUUGAGGUGUACAUGGGUAUCACUGCUACAUUGAUAGUAGUUCUCAUGUAUUUGAGUGAAAAGUAUGGAGGUCGUACAAUUUUGAUCGACCUAGGUUUGGUCGGUCUAUUUGGUGCUUAUACUGCCCUUUCAACAAAAGGUGUCGCAUCUCUACUUUCAUUUACCCUGUGGCAUGUCAUCACAUUCCCUAUCUCCUAUUUACUUGUUGCUGUGCUUGUCACGAGUGCCUUGAUGCAAGUGCGCUACAUCAAUCGCGCCCUGCAGCGAUUCGACUCUACACAGGUCAUACCCACCCAAUUCGUUCUUUUCACCCUCUCCGUCAUUAUAGGGAGUGCUGUACUGUACCGCGAUUUUGAAUCUGCGACAUUGUCUCGAUCAUUGAAGUUUAUCGGCGGCUGCGCUUUGACAUUUCUUGGAGUGUACUUCAUCACCAGCGGCAGAGUUCGCAAUGAUGAUGACGAUAUUAGUUAUGGCGACGAAGACGAAGAAGAAGCUGUGGGAUUUUUGAAUGAAGAACAUUACCGUGAUUCAAUAGAUGAGCCACCUCCGCUGGAGCCGAUAUCCCAACGAAGGAACGACAUAUCUAGACCUUUGCGCCGAGACUCGGUACGAAGCGCCACUUCAGAAGGACAAAGCUUGAGCACUCCCAAAGGUCUCCUUUCACCUGUUGGAUCCGACCAUGAGGGUUCGUUCUCGGAAGAUUCUCUAUCCCAAGAGUUAACCACGCCGUCACCUUCUCUACAGUCCCAUUCUCUUACCGACAAUCCCUGGGCUACGCCCGGUCACACUAGCCAAACUCCAUCUCAGCUCAAUACACAUGUUCAAGAAAGUACUCCUGCGACUCCACCUCAUCGGCAAACGCAUAUAGAACAAACCCCUCCGCUCCUUCUCCGAUUUCCUGCCGCUCCUACACAUGACGAUAACAUCUCAUCAACCAACAAUGAACCUCACAGCCAGCCCACACAAUCGCUUCAACUACCAGCAGACGCCAAAACACCUACAGGUCGACGCCGAAGCACACCUCGAACCCCACAGUCAAACGCUAGAAAUUCCGUCACCCUACGAUUGACUCCUAGUCCGCUGAUAGCACCUCUUUCUUCUACGCUAUCUGCUGUUGUAGCAGAUUCUUUAUUACGCGGUGAAGGCACCCCUGCGAAGCAUGGACGCAGUAAAUCUGCCAGGGUCCGGAGGCUAGCUGCAGCUCCGCUGAUACCCGAUGGGAUGAAUAGCGAUGGCCAACUUUUAGGACGCGAAGCAGACUUAUUAGUUGGCGGUCAUCAUCUUGAAUCCAGUGCUGUGACAGUUACCCCAGGGUCGUCACGUUUUAACUCUGCGAGCGAUGUACGGCCUACAGAUGAGAGAGAGAACACCGAUCCCAAGUUCGACCAUGACGAGGCUGCGACUAGGAGGAUACGAAGCCUUAGCGACUCCAUCAGUGGCCACCUAGCCUGGCUUGGGGGUACACUCAUUGGUUCCAAGCGAUCUUCAAGGCCGUCGUUACCUUCGCAAGUAGGUGAGAACGAGCCAGAUAGCCAGGACACACAAUGA